UCGUUCGCUAAAAUAACGACUCACAAGAAAGACACAUUCCAAUCGUUUAACUCUCAAGCAGAGCACUCUUCUACCUGUCCGAAUCCAUUCCACGUCGUCGGUCGACAAUUGACGAUCGCGGAGAGGCACUCUAAAAAUUGAGGAGGAAUAAUAACCGCCGCGGGACACAUGAUUGGACACGGUGAUCCAUUCGUUGUUGUCUCCGACUACUCCGUAGCCUGGUAGAAAGGAAGAUACCUAGCAGCAGCCAGCCAGCGCCAGCUUCUUGGUUUGUGACGACGGCGACCGUGCACAGCGCUUUCGGGGGAGAGUUAGCUCAAGGCCUGUUUCUCAACUGGGUCGGCGGUCGUGAACGAGGUUGGACCAUGUGUGUGCUUUUAGUGAUCGAGUUUGAGACGAAGAUCGGAGACGGGGACGGGGUCUUGUCUUAGAUUCGAUGGUACAGUUGCAGGCUACAGCCACAGCAGAGCGCAGCGUCAUCCAGCUGAGACGCGCGAAAGGUCAUCGGCAUGUGGUUGAUUGAUGGGGUUCGGACGUCGUCAAAUUGGAGAGUUUAAUGAAAACGGUACUUUUAGAGACCGGCACGGCGCGGGUCAGUUUCAAUGGCAUUUGUGAGAAAGUUGUCGAUACAGGUGAAUUCGUGAUUGAGGGUUGGAAUGCGAAGCAGAUCGUUGUCAUAAGCCUAAUUUCAAAUGAUUAAUUAUUAUCUUUUUCUUUUCCUUUUCAGACAAAUGUUCUCAUCGACAAAUACGGGUCAACAUAAGUCACACGAUAUGAUCGUCAAGUAACUAACCACUGCACCCACUCAGACCAACCAGUCAGCAGUAAUAGCAGCAGCAGCACCACAUAGCCCAUAGAAACUAGAAUAAACAAUUACCGACAUCUGCUGACCAAGCCCAAAAGGCAGAACCACCUCGUAGAACUACAUCUUAGUCACGUAAAUCCAUACAUCAGGAACCUCAACCCAUCAACCAAGCAAAAAUGUCCCACCGAAUGUCGCCCAAAACCCGAGUGGUGUUCAAGUUCAUCUUCGGACUCGGAAUCUGGUCCUUCCUGGUGCUGGGCUUCUUCAAACUGAACGGCGAUCCGGUCACGCAGCACCAGUUCCAGCAGACGCCCAUCAACGGCCGCCUUCUGCUCAACAAGGACAACCGAUGGACCGGCAACGAAGCGACGUCCACCACCACCGAUCGGUACGCUUCGCCGGUCGGUGCCGGAGUGGACGAGGUCCUGGUGGAUAACCGAGCUG